AUGUGGUCCACCUUCUUGGUGACCGACGAGGAGGGCCGCACGGUGGGCCCGGCGGCGGCAGGAACGGUGGGAGGGGCUGCGCCGGGAGCGGCCCAGGGCGCGGGAGGUCUGGCCAACCUAAUGAGUGGACGCAGCACGUUUGGAGGGAACAAGCGGCGCAGGACGACGUCAACGGGACAUGCCAUGAGUGAGGCCCAGGAAGGGAAGAUCAAGUUGGCAUUCUUUGUGGCCAUUGUGGGCGUGGUCCUGACAGUCCUCGGGGUGGGGACAGAGUUCUGGGUGGAGCUGUCACCUCCCAAAAGUUUCUAUAACAACCAGACCUGUCUGACAGCUCACUACGGCCUGUGGAAGGGCUGCACCAAGACCUUGUGGGUGGCUGAUAUCGACCCAGAGAGAGAGAGCUGCGGACCUGCUGAACUACCUGGAGAAUCAAACUGCACCUACUUCAAGUUUUUCACCACGGGGGAAAACGCUGUGAUGUUCCAGAAGACAACGAGGAAGAAUCUGAAUGUAACGGCAGCCAUGUUGGCCUUGUUCAGCCUGUUCCUGAUGGUGAUGGGGGCCAUAUGCAUCACGAUGUCUCUCAGUAAAGAGAUCUUGUUCUUCCUCAAGCCGGCGUCUGUCUGCUUUAUUCUAUCGGGUGUCUUGGUGCUUCUCUCUCUGAUGGUUUUCCACCAGUCCGUCCUGGCCCUCCUGGCCAGCGACCACACGGUUCCCCUCCACCACGAGCUCUCCUGGUCGGUGUCGUGCAUCGGUUGUGCGGGCGCUGUCCUCAUCGUGGGUGGGCUCCUCUUCCUGCUGCUGGCGCUGCCUUACAGCCCCUGGCAGAGGUGUCUCCCUCAGAAGGACGGCAGCAGCUAG